AGCGCUUGUUACGUCGUAUCAUUUUUGCGCACAUGACCAUUUGUAGGCAAGGGCACAUACUCGAGCAUUUGGGAAAUCGCGUUUAAAGUGAAAGUUAACAUUCGAAAACGGGCAGUUUCAAUUCGAUCGGUUCCAGUCACCAGAAAUCCUGUUUUCGAAAGCGAAAGUCGCGAAUUUUCAACAGUGAACUUUUUCGAGAAAGGCCACUGCCAAUGAUAAAAUAGAAAGAAAGGCGGCCAUCUUUGAUUUUCAUUCCGUGCAUCGCGCAAAGAGGAAAUCGAUUUCAUUUAGCGAGAAUGGAGAGAACGUAUACAGUCUUACAAGGCUGCUGCUAAUAAUCGGAUACAGUAAACGCAAUAAUUAUAUACAUUACAACUUAUUAAAUUGAAAUACUCGAUACACAACCAAUAACCCGAAUAAUGAGUGAACAUGAAGAUCUAGAGGAUGGAGAGAUUGAAGACGACGAGGAAGAAGACGUUCCAGUAGGGUUGUUGAAUGAGUCUAUCCAAGAGGGGAAAUCACAGGAGCAUAGCUCAUCAGGGCCUGACCAUCCGCCAUCAGAAAAUUUGUCUACUUCAGCAGAAGACAGAUUACGGGAGAUAAACGACAAAGUUCAAACCGUUAAAAACUUGAUCGAAGGCAAAGCUCGACUUUUAGAUGAUGCCCCGCCCCCUAAGUCCUCCAAGAGAAGUAAACCAGGUCCAGUCGUCGACGAUUGGGCUACCAGUGUUGAGAAUGCUAUAGCCAGCGCCCUAAUCAAAGAUGGAGUUCAACCUCCGAUGCCAGCGCUCAGUAACCGCCACGACGAUGAGGAUGGGGAAGCACAACCUAAACGUAGGCGUCGUGAAAAAUCCAAGAAAAAAUCUCAGCCAGAAAAAACUGAAGAAAUGGAAGAAAUCGAUUUGGAAUACGAGAUGUUGAACGUUCGAGGUGGCAGCCCCAGACCUCAACAUUUACCUGAUGCACGACCUAUGCGUGAUAGAAGUGAAUCGGAAGAUAGUUACUCGUCAGAUGAUUCACGCGAUCGACGUGAUCGAGAUCAUCGGGAUCGCCGAGAUCGAGAAAGGGAACGGGACCGCGAAUACAAUCGAAGAAAGCGCAAAAACCGACCCCGCAAUCGGAACCAGAGGGACAGCAGAAAACGCAAACGAGAUGACUCUGAUGAUGAUAGACAUCAUCGAAACAACGGGCCACGCAAAAUGGAAUUGUGUAAGUUUUAUUUGAUGGAUUGCUGUGCGAAACGGGAAAAGUGUUUGUACAUGCAUUCGGACUUCCCUUGCAAGUAUUACUACUUAGGUUUAAAGUGUAAAGAAAAGGAAAAAUGUUUGUUCAGCCACGGUGAACCGUUAACUAAUGAACUAAAAGCAAUUUUGUUGAAGCAUUUGGAAUCAGCUCCCCAGGAGAUUCUGGGAGAUUUCCCUCGUAUAAGUAGAGACAGUGCAACAACAAUGGUCAACGCCACACACCGCAAGCUUUUGGAAAAACACGGCAUGACUGAUAAGACUACAGAAGACGAUAAAAACGCAGGAGAAAGCAAAAUACCUUCUUUGUUGGAGAUGAUGUCUAGGGAUGAUCGUAGCGCAAAAAAUCGGAGAUCGAGAUGGUGUGACAAAAAUACGGAUAAUAUGAACGUUUUUGGUAACGGCGGAGAAUUUCUUAGCUUGAAAUAUCUAGAUGGUGUGAUAUCGCAUGAGCAGAUUGCCAACUUAGAGCAAAUGGGAAUACAAAAUAUAGAUCAAAUCAGCCAACUUACUGUGGCUCAACUUAAUGAGUUAGGUUUAAAUAUUAGUCAAAUACAUGAAUUGCAACUGAAUGCAAUGAAUAUGAAAAAACUACGAGAAAAUAUGGGUAAACCAGUGAACCAAACAGAGGACGAAGCUAAUGAAGGGUCAACGUCGUCAACAUCGCUCACUCAUAGCAAAGAUCAGGAUAUGCGGAUAACGCCAUCGCACGUGCCACUACAAAGUGAAUCGUCUGAUUUGUCGGCUCUUGGUGGAAAGGAUGUCGAUAUGCGCUUUCUUCCACUUGUUAAGUCGGAACAAACCGAUAAUGGUAGUCAUCAAGAUGAAUGUUUAGAGCUGGUCUCAAAUUCACUUACCGGCCUGAUCAAAACGCCAACUGUUGAUUACUCUCAGUAUUUAAAAGAUUCUAAUCUUGAUGAUGAUGAUUACGAUAAUAGUGAGAAUCCCGACAAACUUAUGAUAGCACACGAUGAUGACGACGACGAUGAAGAAAACAAUCUCAAAAUCAGUCUCGACGAUGAAGAUUAUGACGAUAAACCCGCGGAAAAAAUCAGAAGCGAAAAAGAAGAUAAAUUUCAAAAUAAAUUCUCAUCUUCUCCGCAACCAGCAGUUUUCGAUUCAAGAUUUAAUAAUCGUUCAUUGUCGACGACAAAGAUAGAGUAUUCCAAACCUUUCGAUAUAUACAAAUCUCUCGAUGACGAAGAUUUCUGGGAUGAGGAAAAGCCUUCGACGUCAUGCAUUCAAGAUAAUCUACCUGUUAAAAAUGAACCAGCUGUUUCUACAAAAGCGAAAAAUGACGUUUUCUCUCGUAAGUCUAUGUACAGCAAUAUCGAAGCUUCUCAGGAUUCUGCUGGUGAACAUUCACCCUCUCCAACACACAAACCAUUUGGGUCACCAAAUAAUAAUCCUCCUACAUCCACCCUUGGUUGGACUCCUAACUCUGGCAAUAUUAGUACACCGGCAGUGAGCAGCAGUAGUGUUCCAAAAGUCUCAACAAAACCCGCCCGACCUUCAAUUUACGAUGAUCCUGGUGGUUAUGACAAUAGUGACGACAGUGAUUCCGAAUCAAAACCCACGUCAAUGUACGCGGAACGGGACAAAGACAUGCGAUUGAACUUCUUGAAUCUAGAAGACAAAAUGGGCGAGGAUGGACUGAGCAAUAGUGACGUUGAUCUAAGGCUCCCUUUCAAACCUAUUAUGACCAAUUAUAUUCCAGCGACGGAAAUAGAUGCGUCCAUCACUUCGCACGCACCAAUUGUCUAUAAGGUUCAUGAAGUCGAUAUUCCAAAGCCCAACUACAAAGAUAUUCGUAGGAAUACUCCACGACCGGAACGAACCAAGGAUCCCCGCCUGCGAAGGAUAUUUGGAAUGCCCAGCGAAGAUCAAAGUAAUGAGUCAAACAAGUUUGAUACGCUUUUCUCUGGUAUGAGGUCACCAAAAUCAUCCCAGGGAACAUCAUCCCAAACAUUACCAUCGGCAUCUGUUCCUAUUGCACCACGUGUUGAUCCCCGUAAACGUAACCUGGAAGCAAAGGCUCAAGCUGCUGGCCAAAAUGACAUUAACGGAAUGGGUUCCUGUGGACAACCAAAUUCGUCUCUAGACGUACAGACUAUUUUACAACGAUCUACCUGGUACACGGAUUUGAGCUCUAAGCAUAAAAUUAUGGUUAAUCAACAACUGGCCAUUUUAUCGACCGAAAUGAAAAAGUUCCACAAUUCGGAUAAAUCAACAGAUAAAUUAGCGGAUUUUAUGCAACAAGUGGCGGCAAAUCAGUUGUUACAAUUUAUCCUGUCUAAUCUCAAUGUGUAUGUUGAUGAUUCGGUUCAAUUUUGUGACGUUCCUUUAGUUACUUCCCAGCCACCACCACUGAUGUCUGUACCUCCACCAAACAUCGGCAUGCCUCCGAUGAAUCUUCUUCCCCCAGUGAACCUCCCAGCGCCGGGUAAUAAACCACCAUCGCUUUUUGAUUUGCCGCGUUUCAACUGCCCACCGGAAGUACGACCUGGGUUGCUUGGAGUAGCUCCCAAUAUGCCAUUUGAACAGUUUCUAGCAAUGGGUCAAGUGAACAAAGGGAACCCACCAUCUUUGCUAGACGAUUGGGGAGACCAUUGGGACGAAGAAGGUCCUGUUGGAGGUCCUGGAGGACCAGGUGGCCCUGGAGGAUUUGUACCCAAUUUUGAACGUAAUCAUAAUAAUUUCAGCAACCCACGUAACAACAAUGCUAUGAGAAACAAUAACAGAGGAGGGCAUAACUUCAGAAACAAUGAUCGUUGGAACAACGCGGGUGGUCCAAAUAGGCGAAAUAAUAACAAUCAUCGACGGAUGGAUAAGAAAAAAUAAUCAAUAUUAUGUGGUUGGCGUACGAAACGCGUACGAUAGAUUCCACCAACUGUUGGAAUCUGAGUGAUAGCGAAAACCAAACUCCACCAACAUCGGCACAUACCAAAAGCUUCCAAGUGACCGUUAUCUGUGUUACUGGUUAUAGUUUGCAAGGUUGUUGCCGACGUGCGCUUCCAUUCCUGGCUCCCUAAUUUACACUUUUGACAUUGGAUGUUAAUGUCAACAUUUUUUAACUGGAAGACUAACGUGUAAAUAUUUAAAGUAAGAUCUUUGUGAAUACUAAUUUAAUUUAUCAAAAAAUAAGUACCAUAUGAAGUGGGAAACAUUACUCAACACAUUGUGCGUAUAUGAAUGAAUAAAUGGGAAUUUAAUUAUUAAAAUCUAAGAAUAUCAGAUUAUAGUGUGGUAAAUGGAUGAGAGUCUAUCUGUAAAACAAGUUUCACAUCAAAAUUCAUUGAUGUAUAUUGACUCUGCUAGAACUUCUAACGUCAUUCAUAUAAAAUAAAAAGAGCCAAUUAAGGACUAAUUAAUUAAUUAAAUAAUCAUUCAUGCGUCGAAAUUAAGUUCAUUGUAUUAAAUAUUUAAAAUAAUGAAGAGAUUCUGAUAUAGGAAGUUUGUGAAAAAUUAA